CCGAAUCUCCCUGUCCCUCCUCGAUCGACAUUCAGAUACUCGGGUGAAUCAGAGUAUCGCCAGCCUCAAUCUAGGCCUGCAUCUGCAUCUCCAUAUCCUCAAAAGGCAAGCUACAUAUCGACCGACCGACGACUUCUUGCCAGACUCCUUGCGCGUCGAUCUUUCUGCGUCAAUCGUCUUGCUUCAAGUCGCCUCGCAUUCUGAUCCUCUUUUCUGCAUCCCACAAGAAUCUGUCACCGACACCUCAUCAUGUGUAGAGGUGUCGCUGUUCAAUCCUUGUGUCUGUGUCAUAGGCUUGUUGAGCCAUCUCAGUGAUAUCCAGGUUUCCUUCUCAUUCAACACUUUCUUCUUCCUGCGCCUCGACCAUGGCGGGUGCGCAACCUUAUCCCUCGACUCCAUUGUACACCACAACUCCUUCCUAUCCGAGCCAGCCAUCAUUUUAUUCUUCUGCCCAGUCGAAUGUCUUUCACCAACCGGUGCACACUCCUCCUGCCCCUCCGCCGCAGCAUCCUCAACACCAUCACCAGCAGCUGCCUCCAAAUACCGUAUACCAACCAUCUCCGCAGAAUGCCUCUAGAUUCGACACUAAUUCUCAACAUCGCCCUCCUGCGGCGCCUUUUCCGUUCGGCGCGGCCUCAUUCACCCCAGAAAUGCUCAAGCAGCUAGCCAGCGCAGGACUUCCUCCCCCUCCCCCUCCUGCGUUCGCUCCUGCUUCCCUUCCCACCUCCGCCUACCCUCAAUAUUCUACGCCAAACAGUGUGUCGGUCUCCUCCCCGUAUCCCCAGCACGAAUUGUCUGCGCCUCAUCAGUUUGGCUCGGGCUUCUUCUUGAAUACUCAAAAUCAACCCACGCAGCCCGCGCCGUAUACAGCGCCUGGCUCUAGUGGUUUUCGACCUAUACCAGAUUACCACUCUUCCAAUGAUCAAGGCUUCUCCCCAUAUUCGGCAACACGUCCUGCUUCAAAGUCAUAUCAUCCACCCGCUCCUGCUAAUGCAAAACACGCAGACCGUGGCCAUGAUGAUGUCCUUCCUUCUUUUGGCUCUCGAUCCGAUCUGGACAUGCUGUUUGCCAACGCUCAGCAGCAGUCACAAGAGGCUUACCAAGACGAUUCGACAGCUAGCUACAAUAAGAUUUCUGAGACGCAUGAGACUGGACGUCGUCCGCCUACCGAUGGUAGCGCAUCUCCCUAUGAUCCGACUCGCCCCGCUACGAUCAUCCAUAGGACACUGUCUCGCAUCGAGCUACCAAAGAAUGCUGCCCCUCAACUCGACGGGAGCUCAGGGCCUCAGUCUAUAUCAGACCUAAGAGAGGCCGCUAAAGAAGCCGUGCUGUCACUCUUCACCAACGACAUUCGUUAUAGGGAACUAAUCACCGAGGGCAUCGAUCCUGCAGUCCUGUCCGGUCUUUACAAAGAACUCAACAUUGAAGCAGAGCCUAGUCCAGCCAACUCCUCAUACCAUCAAGCGUCUGCUGUCCAAAGUGCAACGGCUGAGACUCUAGAGUCUAAUGCGCAUGGUCCGCCCGAUGCCCCGGCUUUUGUCGCUCGUGGUGUCGUCGAAAGAGUAUCGUCACCUUCAACUGAUGUGGUCCAGCCCGAGGCCGCUUCCAAGUCCAGUCUGGCAAGCAAUCAAACACCUCAAAUGGAGGUGUCUCCCGCUCUCUCACACUCGGAAAAACCACAGACUACCCCGAAUGCCAACCUUGAACGCAAAGAUCGCAUUGCUCAAUUGCUCGCAGCUCGGACUGGCCGUACAACAAUGCCGUCACCCGUUCCAGCUUCAUCCCUCUCUACUGUUCCAGGUCACUCGUCUGGGACUGUUGUUGCAAAUUUGGAUGGGGUGGGCCUGUCCAAAGAACAACAGCUCGCACCGCCACUGCGGACAGACAGCCUGCGGCAAUCUAUUGAGACCUCGAGCCAAGAUGAAACUACGAGAUCACAGCAUGGCAACCUUGACCCUCUUCUAGCUUCCCACCAAUCUGAGCCUUCAUCCCAAAAGAAGCCACCCCUCCCCUCUGCCGAAAAGGCAGCGCCUUCUUAUGGAGCGUCUAUCUUCGCUAUCCCAGGUUUGUUUAUGGGCGCGGCUGAAAUGACGUCGGAGGACAACGAUUCUGCAGAUAUGCCUCGGGAUCAGGAGGAUAUCCUGACACCGCCGCAGUAUGACCCUUACACUCCUCAGCCAAUUCUCAAAAGACCUCGGCCAGAAGAGCUUUCCACCAGUGAGCCUUUGCCCCAAUCGAAACGAUUAAAUUCGCAACAGUUCACCGAGCAGGCAACCCCGCUCACUGAGGUGCCUAUGGAUGACGAUGCUUCAGAAGGCGAAAUCGUGGAGGAAACCGAAGGGAGCCGUGGCUCGAGAGCGCAUGCUAAUAUCGAACGCCUCGAAUCAUAUGAUCGUCAAGCCAACUCACAGCUGCAAAGCGCCUUUGGGAAUCGCCCGGCUGUGGAUCCCAAGAGUUCAACAUCACAAUCGUAUUCCACGACGGAUACGUCAACACUACUCGUUCCUGGAGUAAAUGAUGCGACAUCGUCGAAGCCGCCUCUUCUUGCGCAAAGCACCACCCCAGAGUCCUUGAAUAGGCAAUCCUUGACGUCUAAGCCCAUUUCCAAGUUGACUCCAGCAGAACUUGCAGAGAAAGCGGCCGCUUUAAAGGCAGAAUUCUUGAAACAGCGGGCCAGAAGACAGCAGGUGCUACAGGAGGAGUUGCCUGAUCUGAAUGCCGAGGUGAAACAGACGGAAGUCCGUCUUGAAAAAGCGAAAUCAGCCUUGCUAAAUCUCAGGUCCGAAAUCGCGAAGUUGAAGAAUGACUUGGAUCGGGCGGAAAAGUCGGAGACAGACCUUACUCAGGAGGUUGCGCAUCUUGAAAAGCAAUUGCAGCAAGGCCGCUCAGGUCAAAAACAGUACUCAGACGAGCUCCAAAAACUCAAGCUUGAUAAGAAGGAGAAUAUGUCCGAUUCCAUUGGAGCCGAGGUUGCAUCUCGCCCUCCAGAACAGCAAGGACUUCCCCUGUCCUCGCAGGAUCUGGCACCUCAAGGCUCUUCGAAGGUGGUUAGCGAUAUUGAACGUGUCCCAGUCAUUGAUGCUACACACGAUUAUGCCAACAAUGACCGGUGGCAUCCGACAGCCUCUUCUGCUCAGGUCAUCGCGCCUAGUCUCCCACAACUCGCUCCUGAAGGUCCGGCGCAUGAUGAGACAGCGGACGAAGUUCAACAGACAGACGAAAUGGAAAUUUCGCCCGAACCCGAGCCUUUGACAGCUGAGGGUCUGACUACUGGACCUACAACUUCUCGUUCGAUCUCACCGGAUUCACCAAUCGAAGAUGACGUGGAAAGUGAUGGCAGCGCGAGCAUGUCCAACAGCGGAUCUGAUGACGAUGACGAGGAAGACUAUGAGCCUGCCGAUGGGGAUGCUCCGCAACCCAUGGAUCUAUCUGAUGACGAUUCAGACUCGGACGAAUAUGAUCCUGAGAACGCUACAACCACCGCUCCGCCCAUACCAGAUGUAGUUGAUGUUUCAAAUCAAUCCCACGAGAGCACCAGCAUGGCGGAAUUGGUUCCCUCGCAAAGCCAUAUUGUCCAGCAAGCUAUUAUCCACGAUCUGCCAAAUAAGCCAGUGCCGAGCGAGCCUUCUUUGGCAGAGGUGGCCCUUGUUCGACGUGAAGAGCCACAGACCACGUCGACAGUCUUGCCCAACGGUGGUCAAGGCGAAAUUCAGAAAGCUACCGGGUCAAUCGACGCUAAUGCAGUCACUAAACAUCAGAACAAUAAGACACUGGAAAGUGAGAAGGCGGUCCUGCUCGAUGGGAGCUCACCACCGAAUCCUCACUAUGUACCAUACAAGACACCAUUGAGCUCAUUCAAGACCUAUCGGUUCCAUCAGGAUUUUCACGACACAGUCAAAAGUGGGUAUCGAUCCUUGACCUACAGCAACAGCAUUGAUCCAUCUCGGCCUCUCUGCCCUACUGAACUUUCGGGGGAGGUUUGUGAAGAUCCGACAUGUGAAGAGCAGCACUUCCGACAGCUAGGUCUUUCAGGUACGUGUACAGCCGAACCCAAAUCCCAAGCAGAAUGGUUUCUUCAUCCGACAUUGAAAACAACGGAGAUGUGUAGCAAGGUGCCCCUACUAAUUUCUAUACGUCACGCGUGUGCAGAUGACAAAAUCCUUGUACAGAUGAGUUCAGCCAGCGACAUCAAGGACAAAGGCAUUCGAGACGAGUUCCUUGUGGGUCUGAAGCAAGUGAUUGCUGAUCUGAGACAGAAGGAAGUCAAGGAGUUUGAAAACGUGGCCAACGCCUUGUCGGCCUACCGACGAGAAUUCUUCUCGAAAAGAGAAGAGGCCUAGUAGCCAACCCCAACCAAAACACCCGUUUUCAUUGUCUUGUUGCCCAUCCAUGAUCUUUCUUGUCUGCUCAUCCGUCCAUACCCCCUCGAUACCUGCCUAUUGAACCCUGUCACUGAGGUUGUCGGGUCAAAGGGAUCAAAGGUUUGACACCACCUCCUCAAUACAACUUGGAGGGAGAUCAUCGUGACCGACGUGCGACACGACAGCCCAAAAGUGCCGACAGAGCCUAAUGAAUACAAUCCAGCGUUUGCUUUUGCGAGAAUUGCAUGAACAUGUACGAGUACAUAGUUUGUUCAGGGUAGGGUCUUUGUGAGGGAGAAUGGAGAGUAUGGAAGGAACAUGAUAUGUUUGAGAGGCACUUGGCCUACACACAGGAGGAGCUGGCGCCGCAGUCUUUUCAUGUCUGCUGUGCAAAUAUGGACCUGACUAUGGGCAUCAUCCUGAGCAUGAAAAUGGGUCUAAGCAAAGCGAGCGACUCGGGGUAUAUUGGGAAAUACUUCAUUUCGCCUUUUAACCCAUAUUCAUUGGCAGGUUGGUUGCUUCGCGAUCAGACCUCCUUACCAACCAACACAAACUUGAUCUUUGUAUCAACAAAUCAUACUUUGUCUUUUUUCUCUUGAACUUGAAA